GGGGCUGCGCCGCCCCUUUAAGAGCGGCGAGGCCAGGCAGCCGCCCGGAGGAGAGCGCAGCCGCCCGGCCGGCCGGCUCCGGAGGAGACAGCGGAGCGAACUGGGCUCCAGGCAAAGGGGGCUGCGCAGCUGGCCGACAGUUAGGGGGUCCACCUCGCCCGCCGCUCCAUCCCCUCAAACCCGGGGCCGGGGUCCUCCCAGCAUCUCGGCUCCGCCCCGGCCCCGCCCCGGCCGGGCCGCGGGACCGGGAGCCUGGACGGCUGUACUGCAACCAGAGGCAGGGCUGGGGCUGCUGGCCAGAGUCCUGCCGGCUCCCUGAUUCCCUGCAGGGCAAAGUGAUGGAGGAGAAGGCAUUGGAGGUGGGCAGCUGUGGGCUGGGGCCAGGGGCUGUGGAAGUGGCCCUGGAGGAUAUGGCAGGGUGCCCUGGCCCCACAGAGCCCCCCCUACUGACCACACACCUGAAGAAAGUGGAGAACCAUAUCACAGAAGCCCAGCGCUUCUCUCAUCUUCCAAAGCGCUCUGCAGUUGAUGUAGAAUUCGUGGAGCUGUCCUAUUCUGUUCGAGAGGGACCCUGCUGGCGCAAGAGGGGAUAUAAGACUCUUCUCAAAUGUUUAUCUGGCAAGUUCUGUCGAAGGGAGCUGAUUGGCAUCAUGGGACCCUCAGGGGCCGGGAAGUCAACAUUCAUGAACAUCCUUGCUGGGUAUAGGGAGACUGGCAUGAAGGGGCAGAUCUUGGUGAAUGGGCAACCUCGGGACCUGCGGACCUUUCGUAAGAUGUCAUGUUACAUCAUGCAGGAUGAUAUGCUGCUUCCUCAUCUCACUGUGCUAGAGGCCAUGAUGGUCUCUGCCAACUUGAAGUUGAAUGAAAAACAAGAGGUGAAGAAGGAGCUGGUGACUGAGAUUCUGACGGCUUUGGGACUGAUGUCCUGCUCCCACACGAGGACGGCCAUGCUCUCCGGGGGUCAGAGGAAACGACUGGCAAUUGCUUUGGAGCUUGUCAACAACCCACCUGUCAUGUUCUUUGAUGAGCCUACCAGUGGGCUAGACAGUGCCUCCUGCUUCCAGGUUGUAUCAUUAAUGAAGUCCUUGGCUCAGGGGGGCCGAACCAUCAUCUGCACCAUCCAUCAGCCCAGUGCCAAGCUAUUUGAGAUGUUUGACAAGCUCUACAUCCUGAGCCAGGGGCAAUGCAUCUUCAAGGGUAUGGUGACUAACCUGAUUCCUUACCUGAAGGGCUUGGGCCUACAUUGUCCCACCUACCACAACCCGGCGGACUUCAUCAUUGAAGUAGCCUCAGGGGAGUAUGGGGACCUGAAUCCAAUGCUGUUCCGGGCAGUACAGAAUGGACUCUGUACUGUGGCAGAGAAGAAAGACACCCCAGAGAAGAACCAUGUCCAGUCCCCUUGCCCCGUUUGUCCUCCAGAAGUAGACCCCAUCGAGAGUCACACAUUCGCCACUAACACAUUCACCCAGUUCUGCAUCCUCUUCAAGAGAACCUUCUUGUCCAUCCUCAGGGACACGGUUCUGACCCACCUUCGAUUCAUGUCCCAUGUGGUGAUUGGUGUACUCAUUGGUCUCCUUUACCUGCACAUUGGAAAUGAUGCCAGCAAAGCCUUAAACAACACAGGCUGCCUCUUCUUUUCCAUGCUUUUCCUCAUGUUUGCUGCCCUCAUGCCUACUGUUCUUACCUUUCCCCUAGAAAUGGCUGUCUUCAUGCGGGAACAUCUCAACUAUUGGUAUAGCCUCAAAGCUUAUUACUUAGCCAAGACUAUGGCUGAUGUGCCCUUUCAGGUGAUUUGCCCAGUGGCUUAUUGCAGCAUUGUGUAUUGGAUGACUAGCCAACCAGCUGAAGCCUCCAGAUUCCUGCUCUUCUCUGCUCUGGCCACAGCUACUGCCCUGGUAGCCCAGUCCCUAGGACUACUGAUUGGGGCUGCGUCCAACUCUCUACAGGUGGCCACCUUUGUGGGCCCAGUAACGGCUAUCCCUGUCCUCCUCUUCUCUGGCUUCUUUGUUAGCUUCAAAACCAUCCCUACCUAUCUGCAGUGGAGUUCCUAUCUCUCCUAUGUCAGAUAUGGCUUUGAGGGUGUGAUUCUGACCAUCUAUGGCAUGGAGCGGGGGGACCUGGACUGCUUCGAGAACUCCUCAAAUUGCCCAUUCCAGGAACCCGAGAGUAUCCUCCGCCAACUGGAUGUUGAGGACGCCAAGCUCUACAUGGAUUUCCUGGUCUUGGGCAUCUUCUUCCUGGCACUGAGGCUGUUGGCAUAUCUUGUGCUCCGCUACCGAGUGAAGUCGGAGAGAUAGAGCUCCCCACUUCCUCCCAGCCACAGCAGGAAGCCCUGUUCCUCUCUACCCCACCUUCCAGCCCUUUGGGGCUGUUUUAACCUCAGAGACUCGGGAGCUGGUUGCUGGUGCAGCCAGCCUGGCCCUGCCCUGCCCUGCCCCAUUCCUGUCAAUGUCCAUGACUCCAGGAUGUCCAGCUCCACCUGAGGGAUGUUGGAAGGCUCUAAACUUCCUCUCUCAGUCCUAUCACCUCUCCUGUGUUUUGAUGCAGUUUGUGGCUUCCUUCUCACCUCUUCCCCAAUACCUGCAUGCAAGGGACAUUUGUUGGGCUAGGAUAGCUCCCUCCUCCUCUUCCUCCCAUUCAAUCUCCCUUUCCCUGCUCAGAACCCUCUUUGCCUCCUACUGUCAAUUGGGGGGUGGGCACCCCCUAGGGGGUUUCUGGGUUUCACUUCCAGAAACUCCACCUGACCACUGACCAAAGUGCCCCCUCUGCUCCCCAGGGGGCCCCACCACACAAGUGUUUGUAAAUUGGGCUGCAAAGGAUUGUUUUAGUAUCCAGGGCUGGUCCCUGGCUGGAUUCCAUGGAAAGUCCCUGUUAUGAAAUUGAACAGGGGGAGACUCUGGUAGUCAGACCCCCUCCACCCCAAUUCUAGGCUGCUGGAACAAUCUCUUGGGGCAGAGGCUGGAAAUUCUGUCCAUGACUAUCCCACUCAGGCCCCAGGGAAGGUAAGGCCUGGGUUCUUAAGGUGCCCCAUCCCCCCUCUCCAUCUUCCUUUGGUGGGGGAAUGGUGCACAGUGGCACCUUAGCAAUAAUGCCCAUUUCUUUUGCCCAUGUCCGAACUGGAGAAUGCACUUUAUUUUGGGAGGUGGAGUGGUUGAGGGGAUGAUCUUGAUCCUGCCCUCCUGUCACCAUAUGGGCCAGGCCUUCCCAUCCUCUCUCCAGAUUCAUUGGCACAUGCCUGCAAUCAUCACUUGGCUCUGGGAGAGGGACACAGUGAAGGGUGAGGUGGACGCCACCUUCUAAAAGCUCUGAAAAAGUACAGUUUCUGCUCAGGACCAUCCUGGGGAAUCCGUGUGGAUGGCUCCUCUCCAGUCUUCUCUCCCUCCACAAAGCCAAGGGCAGGCACAGGGCACUCCCUCCACCUGUAUUUCAGGACCUGGCAAAAGCACAGGCAGCUGGCACAAGUUGGCCUUGGCCAGCUCCACCAGAAUCCCUUCUUCCUAUGCCCUAGGGCAUGCCUCCCUGGGGCUGGCACCCCCUAGACCCCCCCCUUCCCCUCUGCUGCUUGGUUCAAACUUCUGACCACCCUCUGCCCUCCUCCCAACCAACCAAGGCUUCCCCUGGGCAUGAGAGCACAACCUCCUGGGUGCCAGAGUGACAGACACAUCCAGAACAUUUCUGGUUUCCCCAGUGGGGGUCAAGGACCCCCUGCUGCUGAACUCCCUGGCCUGGGUGCUGAGGCUGGCUCAAAUCCACCCUUCCCCAUCCCCCACAGACCACUGUCUCCUGUCAUAUGGAGAUGUCAGUGUAUUUGUGGGAUUUCACUCAUUAUUAAUAAAACCUAUAUUUAUACGGUA